AUGCAGUUCACAUUUGUCCAUGCUGGGUGGGAAGGCAGUGCGAAUGACUCAAGAGUUUUCGAGGAAGCGACCAGUGACCGAAAGCAUGGAUUUUCAUGGCCACCAACAGGGUCGUACUACUUGGUGGAUUCAGGUCUACCAAUUGGCACUAGUUUUCUCCCCCCUCACAAGUCAACUAGGUACCAUGCGCAAGAAUUCCACUCGGCCGGUAGACGGAUAACAUCAAAGAAAGAGUUGUACAACUACAGGCACUCAUCCUUGCAGAUGGUUAUUGAGUGGUCUUUUGGAGUGCUGAAUGCCCGUUUCCCCAUUCUGAAUUUAAUGCCAAACUUUAAGCCAAUUAGGCAACGUUACGUGAUUGUUGUGUGUUGUGCUCUACACAAUUUCAUACGUAUGAACAAUCUGAGUGAUGAAUUGUUCAGAACAAUAGGGGAGAGUGAUGGCGAAAGGCAAUGGCAAUGGCGAAGGCAGUGGUAAUGGCAGAGGCAAUGGCCAUGCUGGAGCAUCAACAAGCUCAGUGACCCAAAGGCAUGUACUAGAAAUGUCAAGUGCAUCGAAGAGAGCGAUGAGCCAAUUUAGGGACCAAAUCACUGGCACAAUGUAGGAUGAUUAUGUUGCCCGUGGCAAUGUGAGAUGAUUAUAUGUUGAAAAUGGCAA